CCAUAUUAUUGAAUUUGGAGAUUAAGGUACAAAUACAUAGGCCAGCUCGAAAACAAUAAUACUGUAGUAACUGCUGCUGCUCCUGCUUCUCCAAUUGGUUGAGAAUCUGGACAUAUGGAUCAAAGUUUGCUCUGCGAUGAGGUGUGGCCUUCCAGCCCUUUGGCGACUGCUAUGAACUACAUGAUUGAUUGUGGAACAUUAUCAAUAUAUGCAAGAAGUAAGGAUGACUAUGAUGAAUCUUUUACCAUAUGCUUGGAGAAGGAGAUGAGUUACAUGCCCCAACCGAACUACGUAGAAAAUCUCUGCUCAAAUCAUUUGGUCAUUGCUAGGUUUAAAAGCAUUCAAUGGUUUAUCCAGUCUAGAAGCCGCUUGAACCUCUCCCUUGGAACUGUUUUUUAUGCUGCAAACUACCUUGAUCGCUUCAUAUCUAUGAAUCACUGUAAUCCAUGGAAAUAUUGGAUGGUGGAAUUGUUGUCUAUUGCUUGCUUAUCCAUUGCCUCCAAGUUUAAUGACACCUGCUCUCCUACCCUGCUUGAAAUUCAGAGGGAGGAUCUGGACUACUCUUUUGACUCCAUCACAAUCCAACGAAUGGAAAUAAUGGUGCUAGAGGCAUUAGGAUGGCGCAUUGCUUCUACAACAGCUUACUCGUACCUAGAACUGCUGUUAUCAUUGAUUAAUCUUGACUCCAGAUCCUUUAAACCUCAAAUUCAGGAACAGUUGAUUGCCAAAUUCAACAAUUUGCUUCUUGGAGCUAUUUCAGACUCGAAGCUGCUGGAGUUUAGGCCAAGCGUGGUUGCCAUAUCUGCUCUAAGUUGCAGCCUAGACAAGUCAAUUAUUUCAAGUACAGCAUCUGAUACCUACCUAGCCUGUGCUACGAGUCUACUGGAUAACAAUCAAAAGGCUGAGUUGGUCAAGUGCCAGAAGCUCAUGGAAGCACAAUCAGUAGCUGAUGAUUGCUUCUACAACUUACUAGCUCACAGAGUUUUCCAUUUCUGCCCUUCAAGUCCCACAACUGUGUUGCUGAAGGAGCGGAUUAACUUUUCUCAUUAUCAUGUUGAUUUCUCCCUCUUUAAGAUGAGAGCUCAAAGAAUGGACACUGCGGAAUCAACAGCAAGGAUCUGCCGGAAGAGAAAGAGGGAAGAAGAAGAAGAAGACUUUACCUGA